AUGUUGCCGAUGGUGCAAGCAGAACCUGUGCUUUUCAAUUGCGCAGGGCACUCUGCCGAUGGAUCUUCCCCGACGGCCACCCUACCUCCCUCGUUAACACCAGAUUCUGAGGUUGAGGGACUGGCAGAUUUUUUUUAUGAUAUAGAUGUAGCUGUCGUCAACACGUUUUCAAGAAUUGAAUCCUGUGACCUCCAACUGGGAGACACAUGGAGGGGGAUGCAAGGCAAGAUGAGCGUGACCGCGCCGGGUAAGAAGACCAGAAAAAAGUCGUCAGACAAUAAAUCUCAACAAAGUAAAUGUCAUAACGAAAAGAGACGCCGCGAACUUGAAAACGAAGUUAUAAAUCAGUUGGAGGAACUGCUAGGAACUUGUCUAGCUGAGGUUAAACAGCCAGACAAGAACGGGAUAGUACGGGAGGCGACUCGGCAGAUCGAGGACGUGUUGCAGAGGCGGAAGGAGUGCCCUGGCGACUGUCCGCAGCGUGUUGCUCAAUGUCUCUCACCCGUACAGGCCGGUGAAGUCAGCUCAACUCAGCCACUACCAUCUUCUGGUUUUCAGUACUCCGAGCUGAGUACUCUUAUUGAGGCGAUAAAACAUUAUACCGGCGUCCUGGGUUUAAUAUUAAUGGAAAUAAAUUCGAAAGGCGAAAUUGAGUGUGUUACAGAAAAUAUCAAAGAUCUUGUUCUUUCAGAAAGGACAGAAUUAUAUAAGAAAUCUAUAUUCUCUCUAUUGCAUGCCGAUGAUCAUGCUAAAAUAAAACCAUUAUUGAGAAAUAUACAAAAUUUUACGUGGGGCUCUGGAGACUCUGAGAAAUCUCAAUACAUACAUGCUCGUCUUCUUAUAAAAGACCCUAAUGUUCCUGACAAUAGUAGAUUUGUGGACACGGUGAUCCACGCUGCGCCAGUACGCAGCUCAUCCACGGAGGAGGCCGGCUCCGUCAUGUGCGUCAUUCGGCGCUGUGAGUCGGCCAACGACGGCAGACCCACCAUCGUUUUCAGAUUGGAUUGCAACUUUAAUAUCUUAUCUUGUGAUUUGUCCAAAGUGGAAAACUGUAUAAACUUUCCUCUAUCACUUGUGGGAACUCGUUAUUUAGACCUUGUGGAAAGCGUAGAUCGUGCGCAAGUACACACACAUCUACAGGACGUGGUGGGCCGAGCCGGGCACCUCGUGAUCAGCGAUCCCUAUCGACUGCGACUGGCGGCUAACGCUCCGCUCUUCAGAGUGAGCGCUCAGUCUCGACACUUUCCCACCGUCGGCGAGCCUGACUUCAUAAUGUCCACGAAUACCGUGCUCGGAGAGGACGAUGUGGACCUACUCGAAGCGGGAGCUUCUCGUGGGUCUCUCGGCGGGCCUCUUAUGACAUCCGUCGCUGAAGGUGAAUCCUCAGCUUCCGAUCCACGGUUUCGCUCCUCAAUGAGUCCCGGCAACCAUCAAUUUAUGAACGACUUCGAUAUCGAAACGUGGCCGGGUUCUUUUCAAAUGGGUGAUAUGAACGAGGAUGUCAAGGAGCGUAAGGACAACAGCGUACCCGACGAACAAGCGGCUCACGCCUCGCCUGCACAGCACGUAGACGUCCCGGCCCCGCUGCCCCUUCACGAGGAGCCGACGCGACUGCGGAGCCUGUUAAGCAAGAAGCCGGAUACGAACAUUCUGAUAGAUUUAUUAAAGCAAGAAGACGAAGAGGCGACGAAUAGUGAGACAUCGGCGCCUCACACGCCGCACACGCCGCACACGCCGCACACGCCGCUGACGCCGGCGUCGGCGCUGUCGCCGCUGCACUCCAGCAAGGCGCACGCGCGCGCGCCGCACCUGGCGCACCCGCCGCAGCCCCCGCAGCCGCCGCAGGCGCAGCAACCGCCGCACACCUCGCAUCAACCUCAUCAUAAUAACCAGUUACUCAGGAUAUUAAAUGAUAAAUCUGACGAGGAUGGCGAUGAAAGCAGAAGAAAUUCAAUAGACCAUAGUCGCAGUUCGUCCCAAUCGAGUGCCCUCCUUACACAGCUCCUCUCGAAUACUAACGGCCCUUCCAGCAAUGGCCGCUCCCAGGAGAGCAGCGAUAUGUAUAUCGCAGGCAUGAAAAGGAAGCUGGAGGAGUCCAAAGCCUCAGCCAGUAUGGCCAAGAGAGCUACGCCCGAAAACCAACAGGUAUCAUCAAGCGCAGCGAGCUCCGGCGCCACGACGUCCACGUCGACGUCGAGUGCGAGCAGCCCCACCACGAGCAGCAGCGCGAGCAGCCUGUGCAUGCGCAACCAGAUCCUGGUGUCGCUGCUGGCGCGCGAGCCCACCACGCCGCCCACGCCCGCGCCGCUCAUCCGCCCCAGCGCGGGCCGCGCGCGCGCGCCGCCCGCUCUGCCGCACCCGCACCCGCGCGCCCAGGCCCACGUGUACACGCACCUCGACCACGCCCUCCAUCUGCAACAGCGGCAUUCUCAUCACACUAUCUCCAACAUCUAUAAUGCUGCAAAUCGCGGUAACAACAUGAACGGCGGGCCGGGGCCGGGGCCAGGUCCGGGGCCGGGUGCGGGCCCGAGCCCGGGGCCCGCGUCGUCGGCGGCGAGCGCGGAGUGCGGCGGGCUGGCGGGCGCGCAGACGUCGCAGGGCUCGCAGAGUCACCUGCAGAUGGUGCUGCAGGGCGGCGCGCGCAGCGUCUACCAGACGGCGGGCGCGCAGGCGCCGCCGCACUACGCCACGUCGGCCGCGCACGCCGCCUUCUCUGCCCACUCCGCCCACUCCGCCCUCACCGCCCACCACGCCUUCACAAAUCAAGCUCAAAGCAGUAUACGGACACCAGGCGGAACUGGUGGUGACAGCGAGGUACCUAAUGAUAAAACAUUGUCAGAUAUUUUGGACGAAGUAAUCGAAAAUAUGCCCUACAAUGAUCGGUCAGCUCCUGAUGUUAAUGUGAUAUUGGAUUUGGAAAGCAAUCGACAAUUGCGAUCCGAUUACGCUGGCGUAAAAGAAAAAAAUGCUGUCAUAAACGCUAUAACACAAAGUCUUAUGCAAUGUGAAACAGCAACUAAAAGUCCAGUGCCAUCAAGUCCGGGUGCGCCACCUGUUUACCCCGUACAGAGCCAAGGCGCGGGCAGCCUGAGCGGCGGCGGCGGCGGCGGCGCGUACGGGCUGGCGCGCGGCGAGGCGGACGGCGCGCGCGCCCGCGCCGUGGUGGAGCAGCACCGCGCGCGCCUGCUGCAGAUGCAGCGCUCCCAGCAGAUGCUCGUCUCGCCGGAGGCCGCUGAGCAGCCACAGGCAGAUCUGGGUUCCACUAUAAAUGCUUUGGUUUCCGGUACGCCGCCUAAUGUUGCUCUCAAACGUACGGACUUCCAUCACUUGUAUCACCAUCCAAAUCAAAUGGGGUCGAAUUAUGGCACAAAUAAAAUGGCACCAUCACAACAAAAUCCGAUGCUGAGUCGGCAACUUCAGGGCGGGAGCACAAGCGGCGCGGGCGCAUACGCGGCGGCGCUGCACACGCCCGUCGCGCCGCAGCCCUACCACCGCGCACCCCGGCCCCUACAUGUGGGCGGCUACUAUGACGAGGGCGACGCGGGCGCGGGCCCCUACUGCGGCGAGUACGCGCGCCGCGUGCCGCACGCCGCGCACGCGCACCCGUCGCACCCGCCGCAUCCGCCGCAUCCGCCGCACCCGCCGCACCCGCCGCACCCGUCGCAUGACCACCAGCUCUCAUGCAGUAGCGGUGUGGGGAACGUGAGCGGCGUGGGGGGCGGCGCGGGGAGCGGCGCGGCGGGCGGCGCGACGGGCGGCACGUCGGAGUACGUGCGCAACGAGCUGCGCGCCAUCGUGGGCGCGCGCUCGGCGCGCCCCGACAUGCCCGCCAUGCACGCGCCCGAACUCGACCCCAUGCUCACUUUCGACAUGCCCGCUCCCGGUGGCGGCGCGGCGCUGGGGGGGCGCGCGGCGGCGGCGUGGGGCGCGCGGCGCAGCACCUCGAGUACUACGGAGGCGGGCUCGGCGGAGGGGGCGGGGGCGGCGGCGGGCGGUGAUGAGGCAGCGGCGGCUGGGGCUUCGGGGGGCCCGGCGGGGGGCGCGGGGGGCCCGGCGGGGGGCGCGGAGGGCCCGGCGCCCGCUAAGGCGUCGCUGCUGCAGAAGCUGCUCUCGCAG